CCUCGCUGCGUGCAGGGGCGCUCCUCCAUGUGACGCUGGGCCUGAACACAAAAAUCCAGUAUGGCGGAAUCUGUCAGGAGAUGAAUUUUUCGUGCCCCCUCCAUCUCUGCCGCCUCCUUUCGCAAAGUGGAGCAAAAACCCCCAACGCGUAGCAUGGGAGACGACUAAACCCCCGCGCGGGACCUACGUCGGGACCACUGGUCGCCUCCGCGCCCGUUGAGUCGAGCUUCCGGUUGGCACCAGCAUUGGACACACUUAGUUACCAAAUCCAAAAGGCGAGUUUCUGCUCGUGAGGGAUCCGGGCAGCAACUUUUUGAUCCUGAUGUUGGAUGAUUUAAACACGCACUCCAAGUUAUCUUCUGUUUGCUGCUCAUCACAUCUGUGCACACUCAACAGCUCUCAACUUCAAUGAUGACGUCACACAGUCGGCAAGAGGGGAUCCUGGGAAAGGAACAGUCGCUGGAGGUUCUCAAGACGUCGGCACUCAACCACAUCCCAACAGUGGAUAUCAAUUCAGCACUGCCUUUACGCCUCCCACCUGCCGCCAUCCCCAUGGAUCUACGUGUGGAUGCUGAUCCGGUGUCCCCUCUGUCCCCACCCCGUCAGCAGGCCGGUGGGGGCGUCGCCCCUGCUCCUGUGCGUGAGCAACAGCUGCAACAGGAGUUGCUAGGCCUAAAGCAGAAGCAGCAGAUCCAAAGACAGAUCCUAAUCGCCGAGUUCCAAAGGCAGCAUGAGCAGCUCUCUCGCCAGCAUGAGGCCCAGCUCCAGGAACACAUAAAGCAACAACAGGAGCUACUGGCAAUCAAGCACCAACAGGAGCUGUUGGAGCACCAGCGGAAAAUGGAGAACCAUCGUCUGGAGCAAGAGUUGGAGAAGCAGCAGCGUGAACAGAAGCUGCAGCUGCUAAAGAACAAGGAAAGGGGGCAGGAGAGUGCCGUGGCAAGUACCGAGGUGAAAAUGCGUCUCCAGGAAUUUGUCCUCAACAAAAAAAAGGCCCUAGCCCAGCGGAGCCUUAACCAGAGUGGCCCCCCUAACGAUGCUCCUUAUUGGUACAGAAAAACUCAGCACAGCUCUUUAGACCAGAGCUCGCCUCCACAGACUGUUAUGUCCACCUAUAAUCACCCUGUGCUCGGCGUCUACAAUCCACGGGAUGACUUCCCACUUCGGAAAACAGCCUCCGAACCCAACUUGAAGCUGCGUUCCAGGCUGAAGCAAAAGGUCAGCGAGCGCAGGAGCAGUCCACUCCUUCGUCGUCGAGAUAGCCCCAUCACCUCUGCCAAAAAGCGUUCUCUUGACAUGGCAGAUUCUGCAUGUAGCAGCGCCCCGGGCUCAGGUCCAAGUUCCCCGAACAACAGUUCCAACAACAUCCCCAAUGAAAACGGCAUCACUGUGUCGGUCUCCACCAGCAAAGAGGCAUCUGUAAACCAGAGGGUGUGUAGCGGUGCUGAGCGAGGCUCUAUUAGCCAGCUUUCCCUCUACACUUCACCAUCCUUACCUAACAUCACCCUGGGUUUGCCUGCUACUGCCACUGCCACUGCUGCAUCCAAUGUGACGUCCGCUCAACAAGAUGGCAGUCUGCAGCCGGCGUUGUCCCUCAGCCCUCCUUUCCUCUCAGGUGGCCACUUGACACCCUACCUGGCUGAAGCGGCAGCAGGAACAGGGGGGCACGGUACUCACAGUCCUCUGCUCCAGCACAUGGUGCUAAUUGAGCAGACGCCGGCACAGAGCCCCCUUGUGACAGGCGUAAGUGGCCUGUCCAUGUCCCCGGCAACCUCCAUGGCCAAAUUACAGCGGCAGCAUCGCCCGCUGGGACGUACUCAGUCUGCUCCACUGCCCCAGGGGAGUGCUGCCCAAGCCCAUGCCCAGGCACUGGCUCUACAACAGCUAGUGGUCCAGCAGCAGCACCAACAGUUUUUGGAGAAGCACAAGCAGCAGUUCCAGCAGCAGCUCCAGUUCAACAAAUUGAUAGCCAAGCCCAGUGAGUCGCCUGUGGGCCGCCAGCACCAGAGCCACCCGGAGGAAACUGAGGAGGAGUUGAGAGAGCAUCAAGAUGUUAGUUCGUUACCGCUUGGGCUCACCAUUAAGCAGGAGCCCCCUGACCCACAGGAUCUCCAGGAGGAAGCAUUGCAGCAGCACCGGGAGAGGCAAGUGGAGCAGGAGCUUCUUUUCAGACAACAGCAGGCACUUUUGUUGGAGCAGCAGCGGAUUCACCAGUUAAGAAACUACCAAGCUUCAAUGGAAGCUGCCGGCCUCUCCAUCUCCUUUCCAGGACACCGCCCUUUAUCUCGUGCCCAGUCGUCUCCUGCUUCAGCCUCCCCCUUCUCCAUCAGUGUCCAGCCCUCUGAUCCACCCGUCAAGCCUCGCUUCACCACGGGUCUUGUGUAUGAUUCUCUAAUGCAGAAGCACCAGUGUAUGUGUGGCAACACCAACAGCCACCCGGAGCAUGCUGGCAGAAUCCAGAGCAUUUGGUCCCGCUUGCAGGAAACUGGACUCAGGGCGCAGUGCGAGUGCAUCCGUGGAAGAAAAGCCACUUUGGAGGAACUGCAGAUGGUUCACUCGGAAGCCCACGUCCUGCUGUAUGGAACCAACCCUCUCAGACAGAAACUUGAUUGUUCAAUCACUCCCAGCUUUGUGCGGCUACCGUGUGGCGGGGUGGGCGUGGACAGUGACACCAUCUGGAAUGAAGUCCAUUCCUCCAGUGCAGCUCGUCUUGCUGUCGGCUCUGUUGUGGAGCUUGUCUUCAAAGUAGCCACCGGAGAGCUGAAGAAUGGUUUUGCUGUGGUGCGACCGCCUGGACACCAUGCAGAGGAAAGCACUCCCAUGGGUUUCUGCUACUUCAACUCUGUGGCUAUCGCUGCCAAACUGCUGCAGCAGAGACUCAACAUCAACAGGAUCCUCAUCGUUGACUGGGAUGUUCACCAUGGUAAUGGAACCCAGCAAGCCUUCUACGAUGACCCCAAUGUUUUGUACCUAUCUAUUCACCGUUACGAUGACGGCAAUUUCUUCCCUGGUAGUGGUGCACCCGAGGAGGUGGGAAGUGGCCCAGGAGUUGGGUUCAACGUCAAUGUUGCCUUUACUGGAGGGCUUGAGCCACCUAUUGGAGAUGUCGAGUACCUGGCUGCUUUCAGGUCAGUGGUGAUGCCCAUUGCCAAUGAGUUUGCACCAGACAUUGUGCUAGUAUCCUCUGGCUUUGACGCAGUCGAAGGACACCCUCCGCCACUUGGUGGCUACACUCUGACAUCCAAAUGUUUUGGCUAUCUGACCCGCCAGCUGAUGAGCCUUGCUGGAGGCAGGUUGGUCCUGGCUCUGGAGGGGGGUCAUGACCUCACCGCCAUCUGUGACGCUUCAGAGGCCUGUGUUGCUGCGCUGCUCGGACAGGAGCUGGACCCACUACCUGCGGCUGUCCUCAAGGAUAGGCCCAACCUCAAUGCUGUGCGCUCUCUGGAAAAGGUUCUUGAAAUUCACUGUAAGUACUGGCGCUCAGUGUGUCACCAUUCGCCACAGCUGGGCCUCUCACUACUGGAAAGCAAGCGAGGAGACUCCGAAGAGGCUGAGGCUGUUACUGCCAUGGCCUCUCUGUCCGUGGCCAACACAAGCGUGGUGGAUCAUAGACCAGAGGAGGAACCAAUGGAAGAGGAGGAACCACUGUAACACGGGUGAUAGACAACAGUGUUGCGCUGUUAGUAUUGACCUUUCUGGAGGACACCGCUUUGAGCAGCAAGGAGUCUCGACUGAUCCCUUCAUUUAGUCCCUCUGACACCUUGAUUGGCGGAGGGACAGGGGAUAGCCUCAGCCUCAGAGCAGGGAGCCAAUCAGGAGAUAGAGGUCUGGACUUGGAAAAAAAAAUAACAAAAACAUAAGAGUUGCUUCAUGGUGCUCGUUGGGAGAUGUUUUUCUGCCAGUCUUCGCACCCCCACUAUGUUGGCCGACAGCGGUGAGUGACCAAGGCAGCAGAUGUGUUUCAAGGCGGGUGAGCGGCUUCAGGUCCCACCAUUGAAAGGUGAGAAUCUUUGUGGAAACAAAACAGUUUCUGUACAAUGCCACACUGUAUGAACACCAGGGACAGAGAACAUCCCGCCUGCCAGUCCCAGCUCGGGAUUUACCUUUUUCUUGACUUGUUUUUCCUGCUCUGCAACGGGAAAAUAAUUGACAACACGCAUUCACUGUGGACUUUCGGUCUUACAAACACUUGUUUUCAUCAGAGGUUCUGAGAGGAGUGCCUUGGUGAGGGUCCGCUGGAUUUCACGAUUGUUCAGGAAAAGUUUGCCUUAAGAUUUCCUUCUCGGAGAUCAGCGCCAGGGAGGGAUGAGAAAUAGAACAUACAGCAAACAAUCUUUCAGCAUGUUUACUUGGAACGGGGCCAUGCCUCUUGGCAUUUGCCUCUUAAAGAGUUAUUUUACUUUUUUGGAUGGAUCUAUUUUUCUGUGGGAAAGAACAUGCUCUGGAAAGGUAGUUGCCAGCUUCAGCAGAAGUGCAAAUCAUUUAAUGAAAUGCUUUUACUCUUAUGUAGCUACCCUUUAAAAGAAGGCUUUAUCGAGCAAUCAUGAGAGGAGAGGCUGGACAUUUUUGCCCCAUUUGGAAUGUUGAAUGACAGAAAAGCCAAAGCAUGAAAUUGUAUCUAUCACAAUUAUUUUACGACUCAUGAGGGAAAAAAGCCUUCCCAGGUCACUGAAUUUGUUCUCCUGAGUCGAUCCUGUGCUCAGCCGGCAACUACCUAGUUAUACGUGAAACUCCAGUCUUGUACUGUAUAUAAUAUUGAGUAUAUUUUAUGGGGCCCAACUGCCUCUUCAUAUCGACUUGUUUUAUUUUUCCACACAUUCAUUUCCACCACUUUUUAAAUAUUUCAUUUCUAACAUUUUCCAUUCAUAGAACUUUUUUUUUUAAAUCCGUUUUCCUUUUUUGCAUAGUUAUAGGGCUGCCAUUGACGAGAAUAGUGUCACAGAAUUUGUUUUUUUUGUAUUUAUGAAAAGGUAAGGAGCAAUUUUCUUUGUAUGGCUCUUCAGGCCACUGCGUUUUUCAUCGAUUGUGUAUUUAUAAUGUACUGUUUAUAGAAGAUUUGUAUAUGGAAAAUUUCUAAAUGUACUCUAAUGACAGCUAUGAUAUUGUGAAUGGAACACAGUAUGGUGUUACUCUAUUGACAUAAAAAGACAAAACAAGAAGCAGCGAAUUUAGCUACUCAUCGACUGCACUGUUUCGAUGUAAAGUCAUCACACGGCACUGCUUUGGACUUUUCCUCAUUGAGUCAAAUCACUCCGUUGCCUAAGUGAUGGUCUUUUCUCUUGUGCACGUAUAUGACAUGCACUUACCUUAGUGACAUGCCUGUGAUCUCGCCGCAAGCAGGUCCAGAGGCCAUUUUAUGUAGCGAGCUGUUUUAUGUGUCUUUUAUUUCUCAAGUAAAAAGGCAGACAUGCGGAUGUUAAAAGGAUCUGACCUUCUCAUAGUUUUCUUUGCCGCAAUUUAACUGUUGUGGUCUGUCAUUUUGCGUAGGCGUCACGGUGCGAUAAUCAAUAUAUUGCAAGACAAUUUUUUUCACUACCUGUGUCCCUAGAGGAAGACUUUUUAAAAUUUUAUUUUAACAGUGGUGCGACUUACACUGCAUCGCAAGUAUUUCAAAUAUUUAUAUCUGGUGCCAAUAAGUCAUCACUGUCUCGUUAUAUUUUGCCCAAACAUGUUCCUGUAGUGUAUUUUCAUCUGUCUACUGACAUCAAAUGAUGAACACCACACUUAAAGUUUUAAGUCAUUUUAUAGACUUGUAAAAUGUGAGUUUUUAUUUUUUUAGUCUAACAAAAACAUUCCAUUUGAUUAAUUUUAAUUUGAAAAUAAUAUGAUUUACAGAUUUUGUUUUGUAGCCACGUUUAAUACCGCUUUAAGUCUUUGUCCCAUGCUUGAACCAACUUUUAACUCUUUGCAUGGUUUGUGAGUCAGCAUGCCUGCUUGUCUAUGUAACAGAAAAUGUAUUUGCACAACAGAGGAAGAACAAUACAUAAACGUCUGGUAGUGUUCCUAGAGCCGGGACUGUUUUCUUCCUAUCCGAUGUGCAAAUAUUUAAAAGACUGUCCCAAUGACUCCACUAUGGUUGUUCUUGUUUCUGACGGGCGAUUUCAGCACUUAAUAAUGGAUAUAGAUGAACUGUGUUUGCUCUGCCAAGCCUCUGCUACAUUCAUGAAAGACUCUCCCAAAGAAUGUUCCUCUUUCAAAGAUGUUUAAACAGGCACUGUUGACGCUGAAGUAAUGCUGCGCUUUUAAUUGGGGGAAACAGAUUGGAGGAGGACAUUUGAUUGUCACACCCACCUCGGCCAGUCCUACAAAUAACCACUGUGGCUCAAGAGCAAUUCUUGGUUUACAUGUAAAUGGAAAAGAAGUUAUUUUUUGUUUGCUGUCUAUGUCUCUAACGAUGAAAAAAAUAUUUCUUGGGGACCUACGCUUUGAACGUUUCAUCUCUGACAUCUAUAAAAUAUAUUUCUGAAAAAUACGAGUGUCUUUGGGUGUUUGAAAUUGAUUUUCUGUCUCCUCUUAAAGGCUUGAAUUGCCUGAUCUACUCUGUGUGAGUUGCGAAUGUGCCUUUUUCAGUCAUGAAAUCUGAUUAUCUGUUUGGCGUAAGCUCGGAAAGUCUCACAAAGUCCAUGUUUUCUCAGUACAACUUAAGAUCAAUAGUGCUUGAUGUGGCAGGCAUUUAUUUAAAUUCAGAUUCAUUCAUUUGAAGGAUUCCUUCCUUCGACUGUCAUCCGGGUACAAAUAACAGCCCAUCCGUUGCCUGGCACAUGACUUGAGAUGAUGCGUUGCAUGAAGAGCAUAAAAGCUCAGCUGACCUCUCCCUGAGUGGAAAAUCAAAUUAUGAGACCCGGUAUCACAAGUGUCAGAGACGCAAAGAGCACGCAGCUAUCAGGUGACCACCUCUAAUUGCAACAGAAAAAUCAAUCCCAUAGUUGCAACAGUCCAAAAUACUGUACUGCAGCCUGUGUUCAUAAUGGUAUACUGGUCCUAAAAUCUCUACAGUGAAUCAAAGAAUGGAUUCUAGAGAUGUUUUUAAAGUGCAAUUUGAAAAAAAUACCAGAAGGAUCGAACACAUAACACUUAACAUCAAUAAAACGAUUGCAGAUUUGAUUCUGCUUUUUAUUUUUAGGAGAUUUGAUGUAAUUUUUCACCUUUUAAUUUGACCUUUAAUGGGCGAGUUGCUAAUAAGCAACAAAAAUUACAGUGGGUCUUUGAUUUUACAUUUCAGUAGAAUGAUACUGUCAAUUUCACAGUGUCGUAAGAAUGUGGUCACAAGAAGGCACCCUCACUUAAUGCCAUACUUAGCUACUCUUUUUCAUUGGAUUCUUUUACAGUAGUGGUAUUUUUCCAUAUAAAUAGCUUUAAAUCUUGUGCUCUGUACAAUGACAAUAAAGGCUUUUUUAUUUUAUUUUAAUAUUAUUUUAAGUUCACUACUGUGUUUUUACAUUAAGAAGCCAGGACUGGUGUCAAAAAACAUCUCUUUUAUUUGUAUUCCAAACUAUACGGUUUCCCAUUUCGGUCACCCAGGAGUACAACACACUUCUUCUGCCUUCUCUGAACAAUUACAUUAGUCCAACAUACUGUACUUGACCAAUAAAGAUGAUUCUUAUGUAGUGACACUUGUCCUGGAGCAUUUGCUGACACGUAUUUUACAUCUACUGAAAUCUUCCUCCUAGCAAUCUGGAGCCCCUUUCAAGGUUUCCUCUUUUACCAUAAUAUGAUUUCCCCUCACCCUUUAAGGGGUUUGGAUCAGUGGAUAAUGAUUUUUAUGUGAACUGUGGACAUUUUGAGACAUUUGUUGUGAGGAAUAAAUGCAACUUGA